AUGGUGUUUGAUGGUCAAGCUGUACUAGAAAGAGCAGAUAAAGAUGAUGGUCCUGAUAUGCAUAUCUACUGUUUUGCUGGUUCUCCUGGUGUUGAACAAAACAUCGAACAAGUGAGUAUGCUAACGCCUUAUAAGCCUCCGGAGUUAUCUCAUAAGCCUUCCUCUCUGAUGAUAACCUCUGAAAAGCAUAAGCAAUGCAACUAUUCGAGUGUCGCAAAUACAUCUGAUGUAAAGGCUGAUCAAGUAAUAAAACAGACGGAUCAACUUGCAGAUUGUUUUUCUCUCGAAGAUAACUCAGAGCUGGAAGAUAUGGACCUGUUUACUGAGUCAGAUUGUUCAGAGGAGGAGUCUGAGGGUAAUUUGGAUCUGAAAGAGGGGAAUCUGGUUGCUGAGCCAGAGCUCAUGAGUGACCUUGAUGAGUUUUCUGUCAAGGGCAUUCUUAGUCAAGAAUAUCUGGAAGUAGAGACUAUCCAUACUGACUUGGACUUGUGGGGAAAGAAUAAGAAUAAAAGUAUGCUAAGGGAAUCAGUCAGUUCCUGGCCUUCUCUAUUUGGAGUUCCUGAGCUUCUAAAUGAGGAUACAGUUGUGUACAGAGUCUCUGAAGGCAUGUCUAAUGAGGAUUCAACUUCUCGAUGUAUCGAGCAUAACAAACCUAAAGUCCAGACAAAUACUGAUCAAGAACCCGAGCCUCAUGAAGAAGAUAGUGUGCUGAGCAAUGACAUUCUGAUAUCAGAAAGCAAUGGAGCCCAUGCCUCUGAAAGCAAUAGCAGUUAUACAGAGGAGAUAAGUGAAGCAUCACUUGAAGAUGACUCAGAGCUGAAAGAGGUGGAUCUGGUUACUGACUCAGAUCUGUGUGGAAAAAGGACAACUAUACUAAGUGUAUCAACGAGUUCCUCGCCUUCACUAUUCGGAGAUCCUGAGCUUCUAAAUGAGGAGACAAAUUUGUCCAGAGUCUUUGGAACCAUGUCGAAAGAGGAUUCCACUUCUGGACUUAUCGAGCAUUACAACGCUGAAGAGGGUCUCGGUGCUCACGUUACUGAUCAAGUUACAAAGAUCUCUCCUGAUCCUGUUGCAUUUGCGGCCAGAGAGGAAGCAUUAGGUGUGUGUGAUGGUAAAGCUGUAGUGGAAACAAAGAAGAUAACUGAAGUAAGCAAUAUCACAGAGACAAACGGUGAGGCUGAUUUCACUGGUCCAUUUCCCGAUUGCAAAUACUGGUUUAGACAAUCUGAAGAGCAUUUCUCGUGCCAAUCAGUCCUUGAGGGAAAAGAGGGUAGUCAGGAACUAGAUGUCUUGAGCAGAAAUGAAAGAGCAGGUAAAGAUGAUGGUCCAUUUCCCGAUUGCAAAAAGCCCAAGGAGAACUUAAAGGAGAUCACACACAAGGUCUACUUUGAUGUCAAAAUUGAUGGAAAAGAAGCUGGUCGUAUUGUCAUGGGUCUAUAUGGCAAGACAGUCCCCAAAACUGCAGAGAAUUUCCGAGCUUUGUGCACAGGGUUGCUAUCAAUGGCAAACGCCGGUCAAUACACCAAUGGAUCACAGCUUUUCAUGAGUACAAUAACAACAAGCUGGGAUGAGAAGAAACAUGAUCCUAUAAUUGUAAAGCCUCCAAAUGCUGUUCCAUUUUCUGAUGAGUGGUUAGAUUUAGCUGCAAUUGAGGCUCCUGGGGAGAUCGGAAUCGCAGGGAUACCUUACAGAACAGAGACCGAUACGGACGAAUGGUUUCCGGUUUGGAACAAAGAAUUCGAGUUCCCGUUGCGAGUUCCUGAGCUAGCACUUCUGCAUAUUGCAGUGAAAGACUACGACAGUAACACUCAGAACGACUUCGCCGGCCAGACAUGUCUUCCUCUGUCGGAGCUCAAGCCGGGUAUUCGUGCCGUCCGGCUCCAUGAUCGGGCCGGAGAGGUCUUUAAGCACGUGAGAUUGCUCGUGCGGUUUGUCUUGGAGCCUCUCUAG